UGCUGUUACAUCAGCAGUAACGUCAGAAUAUGCAUAUAGCUGUCAGCACAGCCGAGUGCUCAUCCAAAUAACAGUUUGUAGAAGGAAAAAGAAGGACAAGUCUAUCUCCAAGUUUUUGCAAUUUCAAACGUUUAAUCGGUGAUUCCAUCCAUGGAAAAAGGCAGCCUGAAGUGCGCAGCAAAUUACAUUCCACUGACGCCCAUAAGCUUCUUGGAAAGGACAGCAAUUGUUUACGCAGACAGAGUUUCUGUUGUUUAUGGCGAUUUGAAGUUCACAUGGAAGCAGACCCAUGAUAGGUGCGUCAGACUCGCUUCCGCACUCAGCCAGCUCGGGAUUUCUCGCGGAGAUGUUGUUGCCGCGUUGGCUCCGAAUAUUCCGGAAAUGUAUGAGCUACACUUUGCUGUUCCAAUGGCUGGGGCAGUCCUUUGUGCGCUUAACAUACGCCAUGAUUCGGGAAUGGUGUCAGUGUUGCUGAGGCAUUCAGAAGCUAAGGUUAUAUUUGUAGAUUACCAGCUUCUUGAUGCUGCCAAAGGUGCAUUUAAGAUUUUAUCUGAGAAAGAUGUCAAGUUGCCGUAUCUAGUCAUUAUUCCAGAGUCCCAUUCAUUAACUGGAGCUAAUGGUCGGAUGUCAAUGCCAGAAGGUCUGGAAUAUGAGUCUUUCUUAGCAAGAGGAAAGACUGAUUUUGCAAUAAUGAGACCGAAUGAUGAAUGUGAUCCUAUUGCUCUCAAUUACACGUCAGGCACGACGUCUAGCCCUAAAGGCGUCGUCUAUAGUCAUAGAGGAGCCUAUCUUAAUUCUUUGUCUGCUGUUCUUCUUAACGAAAUGCUCUCUAUGCCUGUCUAUCUAUGGAUCGUACCAAUGUUUCAUUGCAAUGGCUGGUGCCUCACUUGGGCUGUGGCAGCACAAGGAGGGACGAAUGUAUGCCUGAGGAACGUCACUGCCAAAGGAAUAUUCAAUAGCAUUGCCAGGCAUCGGGUGACACAUAUGGGAGGUGCACCUACUGUGUUGAACAUGAUAAUAAACGCACUGGCUGACGAACGAAGGCCGCUCCCUGGAAUCGUGUCGGUUAUGACAGGUGCCUCACCACCGCCUCCUCAGGUACUCCUUAAGAUGGAGGAGCUGGGAUUCAACAUAACUCACGCGUACGGUCUGACAGAAACUUAUGGCCCGGGAACAGUCUGCGCUUGGAAACCUGAGUGGAAUUUCUUGCCCCUCGAUGCUAGAGCAAAAAUCAAGUCUCGUCAAGGAGUACAACACAUCGGCAUGGAAGAAAUCGAUGUGAAAGAUCCUGUCACCAUGCAGAGUGUGCCUCCUGACGCAAAAACCAUAGGAGAGGUUAUGUUUAGAGGAAACACAGUAAUGAACGGAUACUUGAAAGAUAUCAAAGCAACUCAAGACGCGUUCAGAGGUGGCUGGUUUCGUAGUGGAGACUUGGGAGUUAAACAUCCCGACGGUUACAUAGAACUAAAGGAUCGAUCAAAGGAUAUAAUCAUCUCAGGAGGGGAGAAUAUAAGUACAAUAGAAGUCGAGUCGGUGAUCUUCAGCCAUCCGGCAGUUCUCGAGGCUGCUGUCGUGGGAAGGCCUGACGACCACUGGGGUGAGACACCAUGCGCAUUCGUGAAACUCAAAGACGGUUUUAAUGCAACUGCUGAGGACAUUAUCAAGUAUUGUCGUGAUCAGUUGCCGCGCUACAUGGCUCCACAGACCGUCGUUUUUGAGGAUUUGCCCAAGACUUCAACCGGAAAAACACAGAAGUUUGUUCUCAGGCAAAAAGCCAAAGCUAUGGGGAGCCUUUCUAAAACAAGCAAGUUGUAGCUUCCAUAAAUAUGGAACAUACAUUUCUUGAGCCGCUGAUAUGGCUUCACAAAAUUUCCAGAUUGUUGGGAUAUGAAAUGUUGAUACCUCUCUUGAACUUGAAUGUCCUUGUAACUAAUAAGAUGAACUGGAAAUAUUGCAUUGUUUGCGUUGGUAUUAA